AUGGCGGAGAUUCAGAAACACAAUGAAAAAGACCAGCCUCGUAGCGAGGCUGGUUCGAUAAAGGCGACUUACGUCGAGGAAGAUGUGGGGGCGAACAGUGAACUUCAUCGCUCGCUCACAUCUCGCCAUCUUACCAUGAUUGGUAUUGGAUCUUCCAUCGGAAUGGGCCUUUGGCUUGGCAGUGGAAAGGUCUUGGCUACCGGAGGUCCUGUGGCUCUUUUCCUCGGAUUCUGCGUCGCCAGUUCCAUCGUCUGGGCUGUCACCCAGUCCAUCGGUGAAAUGGCCGUCAUGUACCCCUUGCCAUCCUCCUUCGUCCGGUGGACCAACAAGUUCGUCCACCCAGCCGCUGGAUUUGCUCUCGGUUGGUGCUAUUGGUUCAACUACUGGAUCACAGUAUCCAACGAGCUGCAGGGCGUUGUCACUUUUCUUGUCAUCCUGACGAAUGUUUGGGGCGUCCGUGUUUUCGGCGAGGUUGAAGUGGUUAUGUCCCGUAUCAAGUUCGGCUGGAUCUUCGUCGUUGUCAUUGCAUCGAUCGUCAUUUCAGCCGGAGGUGCUCCUAACGAUGAAGCGGUUGGGUUCCGCUACUGGAACGAAACACCUUUCAUCAACGGCUUCGUUGGCUUCCUCAAUGUUUUGCCUGUCUGCGUCUUUGCACUAUCCGGCUCCGAGACCACAGGCAUGGUAGCUGCUGAGACAAGCAGCCCCAGGAAGUAUGUGCCUCGUGCCGUCAAUGCUAUUUGGUACCGACUUGUCAUGUUCUACCUCCUGGGAUCCCUGAUGGUUACUAUCACCGUCAGCCCCACGAACCCAGCGCUUUUCGGCUCAGCUCACAGCGCAGCUACACAGGCAUCGCCUUUUGUCAUUGCAUUUUCGGGAGCCAAGCUGAAGCCUCUCGCUCAUAUGAUGAACGCAAUUAUCUUGCUUUCGGUGUUUUUGUCCGCGAGUAUCAAUAUCUUCGGAGGCGCUCGUACGCUGUACGGACUGGGUCAAAUUGGCAUGGCACCCAAGGUCAUGACCAAAGCUGACAGCUGGGGCAGACCCCGUCUCGUUGCGCUCCUCACUAUGUUCGGUUGGGGUAUGAUCUGCUUCUCUCAUAUCCGUAUGCGCUAUGCUUGGAAGGUCCAAGGUCGUUCUCCUGCAGAUUUGCCAUGGCGGAGCGUUGCAUGGCCAUGGUCAGCAUACUGGGGACUUGGCUGGUGCAUUUUCAUGAUCUGCGUCCAGUUCUAUCUGGCUCUUUGGCCAAUUGGAGGAGGUCCAACUGCCAUUGGGCCUUUCUCCAGCUACUCUUCCGUGGUCGCCAUCAUCGUCAUUUUUCUCGGAGCCAAGAUCUAUUACCGAGGCCCAAGGUUACUGGACGCAUCCAAGAUCGAUCUGGACAGCGAUCGUCGCUGGUACUCAACGGAAGAGGAACAAGUGCAGGAGGAGAAGAGCACCAUCAGGAAACUUUGGGCACGAAUAUAA